GGCGCAUCAUGCCGGGCCAUACAGUGUUUCUAUUUAGUUGCCUUACGGGCAGCGCACAAGCUGCUCGUGUACGUCGCUCGCGCCGCGUGCUGCCCUCUGUCGGAGCUCCGAGCUGCCGGUUUUGCCUCCAGUGACCUUGGCGCAUCGGCCCGUGCCGUUCAUUGGCCGCGAGAAGCUAAGACGAGUUACGUUCCUACGACUGCUUCACCCACUAAACUAUGUCAUUCGACAACAGAAUACACCACCGCUCGGGGAACUCUCCCGUGCCUCCCUAGCCGCGCGAGGUGGCGGUCACAUCACGCGUCACCUGUCAAAAUGACGUGACGUUAACAGACAAUCGUGUUUAUAACCUCUCUGUGAAUAUUAUUACUUUUUUUAGUGCAAUUAUGAAGGUUGGCAGAAUGUCGAAGGUUUUAAAAGACGAAUUAGGGCGGUGCCGAGGCACGCGGGGCUGACUCCACGACAGCGGACAGGCGGCGCGCGCGUAUCUACACUACUCCGCUCGUCCGCGCCCGCGCCGCACGGCUCGCACGCACCCGUCCCACACACAUCCUGCAUCUCCCUGAACCGUGCUCGACCACCGUACAAAACAACUCACAGUGAUAGUGAACAUUAAAGUACAGUAACUAACAAUAAAACAAGUGAAAUCCCUAGUGAUUCCGUUCAGUGCUCGGUAGCCGAGUGAAUGCGCGUGUGUUUCGACACCCUCUGCUUUGGAUCGUCACAGCGAACAGCUGCUGACGAUGAGCCGAGGGCCUUAGUGAAUACAGGUGGAGGAGCGCUUACCGUGGCGCCCACAGUGAACGGCGAUAGGCGUGCUUUAAACGAAACUUAUAGAGAGAUUGAAUUAAAUGGUAUAAUGGGGACUCCAAGCGCAAUGAACGCUGAUUCUGAGAAUUGUGUUGCUAACGCGACAAUGACGAACGACAUGCAACCUCUCAUUGAGAGGAUACGGGAACUGGAGGCGUUGCUGAAGCAACGUGACCAGGAGAUGUUGGAAUUGCGCUCGCAACUGGACAAGUUGCAGAGCGUGUUCCCGUACCAGCAGUAUGCUCGAGGAUCGCGAGGUCCGAGGAAGCAGAGGGCUCAGGGUAUCUCCGCUGAGCCCCAGACCAGCUCGUCCUUACAGGACUUGACUCACCAGACGUUCCCUGUCUACGACAAGAGCGAAGCAUCCCGGGAGCUGAUCAAGAGUGCAAUACUGGACAAUGACUUCAUGAAGAAUCUUGAAAUGACACAGAUUCGCGAGAUCGUGGAUUGCAUGUAUCCCGUCGAAUAUGCAGCUGGCAGCCUCAUUAUCAAAGAAGGAGAUGUUGGCAGCAUCGUAUAUGUUAUGGAAGAGGGCCGCGUGGAAGUUUCACGGGAGAACAAAUACCUCAGCACAAUGGCACCAGGCAAGGUGUUCGGAGAGCUGGCCAUUCUCUACAACUGCAAACGUACUGCCACCAUCAAGGCGGCCACGGAUUGCAGACUAUGGGCCAUCGAACGCCAAUGUUUCCAGACUAUCAUGAUGCGUACUGGUCUUAUCCGCCAGGCUGAAUACACUGACUUCCUCAAGAGCGUGCCGAUCUUCAAAGAUUUGCCCGAAGACACACUUAUCAAAAUAUCGGACGUGUUGGAAGAGACUCACUACCAGAAUGGUGACUACAUCAUUAGACAAGGCGCCCGUGGUGACACCUUCUUCAUCAUCUCUAAGGGACAGGUGAAAGUCACUCAGAAACCACCAAACAGUAAUGAUGAGAAAUUUAUAAGAACUCUCACGAAAGGCGAUUUCUUCGGAGAGAAGGCAUUGCAAGGGGAUGACCUUCGAACAGCUAACAUUAUCUGUGACUCGCCGGAGGGCACGACUUGCCUCGUCAUCGAUCGGGAGACCUUCAAUCAACUCAUAUCGGCUCUCGACGAGAUCCGUACGAAAUACAAGGACGAAGGAGACAGCAGGCAACGAUUGAACGAGGAAUUUGCCAAUUUGCGUCUCUCAGACUUGCGUAUCAUUGCGACGCUGGGUAUCGGAGGCUUCGGUCGAGUGGAACUGGUCCAGAUCCAGAGCGACUCCAGCAGGUCCUUCGCUUUGAAACAGAUGAAGAAGGCCCAGAUCGUUGAAACUAGACAACAACAGCACAUCAUGUCGGAGAAGGAGAUAAUGUCAGAAAUGAACUGCGAGUUCAUUGUAAAAUUAUACAAAACAUUCAAGGAUCGUAAAUAUUUAUACAUGCUGAUGGAGACUUGCCUUGGAGGAGAGUUGUGGACUAUUCUAAGAGAUCGAGGUCAAUUCGACGAUGCGACUACAAGAUUCUAUACUGCUUGUGUGGUUGAGGCCUUCCAUUACCUACAUUCGCGAAAUAUUAUUUACAGGGAUCUCAAACCAGAGAAUUUACUAUUAGACUCUAAAGGAUACGUUAAACUAGUAGAUUUCGGUUUCUCAAAGAAGUUGCAAGCAAGCCGCAAGACUUGGACUUUCUGCGGUACGCCAGAAUAUGUAGCCCCUGAAGUUAUCAUGAAUAGAGGUCAUGAUAUUAGUGCGGAUUAUUGGUCCUUAGGUGUUCUUAUGUUUGAGCUGCUCACUGGCUCACCACCAUUCACGGGCACUGAUCCAAUGAAGACAUACAACAAGAUUCUCAAGGGUAUCGAUGCGGUGGAAUUCCCUCGCUGUAUCACUAGGAAUGCGACUAAUCUGAUCAAGAAGCUGUGUCGGGACAAUCCUGCUGAACGACUUGGCUAUCAGAGAGGAGGCAUUACUGAGAUACAGAAACACAAGUGGUUCGACGGAUUCAACUGGGAGGGUCUGGCGCAACGUUCCCUUGAGCCACCUAUCACCCCUGUAGUGAGAUCGCCAAUCGACACUCACAACUUCGACCAAUAUCCACCAGAUGCGGAUGAACCACCACCAGACGACCUCUCAGGAUGGGACAGUAAUUUCUAAAUUACCUGAACCACCAGUUAUUGUUAAACUUGUAAUACUAUCUCAUAUAAAGCAGUUUAUGCAUGACGACAAAAUGAAACGCAAACCUACACGUUUACGAUUUAAGUUGCAAAUGCGUUAUCGUUUUCGUCAUUAGGGAGGUCAAGUUCAUCCAAUACGUAUCUAUUUUACUUAAUAUUACGAAGUAUAGUGACGUUUACACCAAUCUAGCACAUUAAGUAAAUUGUUUUCAAUUUGUUAUAGUUCCGUCACUUGAAUAUUAUAAUGCCAUUAAUUGUUUAGUUGUUAGAUCUUGCCGGUUGCUCGUCAACUGCUUGUGGUGUUCGGAGUCUUCAAAACGUAAAGAAUAUAUUUACACUUUGAACAUCACUAUGUAUUUGUAAAUAGCUUAAAUUAUGCUCUAUACCUAAUUAAAGUCUCAACUAUUAAAUUUUUAUUAUUUUUAUUUCUAUUUUAGUAAAUCAAUGCUUAUUAAUUCGAUUCAACAGUAGUGCAAUAUCAAUAGCAAGAAUGGUUCUAACUUUUGUACUUAUUUUAACCUUUACGUAUGUAUUAUUGAAGGUAUAAGUGAUCCUCGUGUGCUGAAUGGUGCAUUACGUAAAAGUGUGUCUUUGGGAUCUUAUCAGUAAAACACUAAACGCCUGUGACACAAUUGAUUAUCAAAAUCAAAGAAAUAUCCAGACGACAUUCAUACUCUAAGGAGUUUGAACAUUUCUUUUUUUAUAAAUUUUU